UUUUUCAUACACGGUACUCAUGUGGUACGAAGGUGUUUUGAGUUUAUUCGAAUGCAGGAGGAGAUGGGGACAAGGGUUGUUACUUUAAUGUUUAAUAAAAAGGGAAGGUGUGGUUAGAAUAAAAUAAUAUAAAAUUAUAUUCUUUGAAAUUCAUGCUUUAAAAUUAUAGUUUUUAUUACUUUAACUUAAUUGUAAGAACAUCUAUGUGUAUUUUUUAUCUUCACAACUUACUAUUGGCAACUUAUAACUUGCAAACUCAAAAUACCUUUCAAAGUACUUCGUGCGGAUGAAUCUUUUUUCAGCGUUGUGACUCGAAAAGAGCCAUCAAAACCAAAAACCCCCUUCCCAUGUAUAGGUCAUGUGUAAAGUUCAAUUACACAGUUUGGUAAACAUAUUAAGUGCGAAAGAACAGAACGAAACACUUCCCAGAAAACAAUUAGAAAUGCCUUCCUGCCCCACUCGUUUUCAGCCCAGAAUCAGGCGGCUUCAGUAAACUGAUCGCUGGUCUGGUUAGGAUAGCUGGUAUUGGAUCCACAGGGUCAUCCCGUAGAAUAGCUGUAGGUCGAUGCAUUCCCAUGGUGGCUUCGGAUCGGUCAUAUUGGUGUCAUUUCUGCAAGCCCGCUGUUGCCCUCACACUUACGUGCCAACGUCAAUGGGCAGGUCGUGUUGCAACGGCCUGAGUAAACAUUAUAAUGAGCCCCGAUGCAGUGACCGGGCCCAUACAAAAAAGAGCGGAAAACAAACACAAAAGUGCGCCCACACUAUGUGGUGCCUCGGCCCAACCUAUUCGAAGUCCCAGUUCCCAAUUCGCAGUUUGCAGCUCGCAGUUCCGCCCCAAGAGCCGAGUUCAAGCCCGCACGCCCGGACUGUGGCCAAUUCGAAGUGCUGCCAUUUCGUUACCCUUUUGCCCAAUUUUCCAAGCAUCAAUGGGCGCGCCGAGAAGGAGGGCGUGGCCGCCACAUCCUACGAAACAGGCCUGGACCCACCAGCCUCCACCCCUCCACCUCCACCUCCGCGUGGUCUUCGGCCAGCUUUCAGUUGUACUUUUUCAAUUACCAAAUCACAAAGCGAGCGUAGAUCUGAGCCCCGACCAGAACUGCCGGAGAGAGGGCCACGGAGCCAAAACGGAAAUUGGUAAGAAAAGAGCCAAAACAAAAACAUCUUGAGCGGCACUGUCUUGGGGGCCUGCUGGGACCCCAGGUCUCCACAUCCACUGGAGACUUGCACCUCGGGUUCGGUAAGCUCUGACGACGACGGCGACUUCGGCAAGAGUCGGGAACCGAAGACCAAGCUUCGCCACUCGAAAGCCGAAAGACGAAAGCCCCAAGCCCCAAGCGAGCCCCAAUCGCAAUCUUCCAGUCGCCGUUCGCCGUCGAUCAGUUCGAGUUUGUCCGUGGAAGCCAUCAGUCCGCCGAGGAACGUCGUGGUCGCUGCAGUUAGAGUCGUAGUUGCGCCGCCGUCGCUGCCAGCAGAACGUGCCCCAAGUCCAGUGCGCGAGUUCGCCAAUCCGUCAGUUCGUCGCACCGCCAGUCCGUGUGUGUGCCAGUGUGUGUGAGCUGUUCCCUGCGGCAAAAGGCAACCCUGUCACAGUCACAGUCACAGUCAGAGUCCGAAAGCGAAAACUGUCGCUCAAAUUGAGCCAGCGAUUUGUCGUUUUCUAUGCAAAUCAUUACUCACAUUGCGCGAAAAAGAGCGUAGUAUUUUUAUUUCGCUAAAUGUCGACACGAGGCUCACGUUGCUGUUGCCCGAGCUGAGCAGAGCACCAGCAGCAGCAGCAGCUACAAUAACAAUAACAAUAAUAAUAGGAGCAGCAGCAACAAUAGGAGCAGCAGAAACAGAGACUUGCGAGAGUCUGUAACCCGAGUCGCCUUGCACGGCAGAGGAGGAGCAAAAGGCAGAAAAGCGCAGAAAAACAGAGAAACAGCCAGCAGAUUGUAUCUGUAUCUGAAUCUAUAUCUGUAUCUGUAUGUAUAGUCGCGACUUGCGGCUCGUUUUGUGUUUUGUGUGCGCACAUUCGUGUAUGUGUAUCUCGGGCCGCGUCUGCGACAAAGCGAAAAAGUAAUCACCAUCUAAAGGGAAAGAAACAAAUACAAAAAGUCUGCAACUCCCUCGCACCGCACCGGACUCUCCCGAUCAAUCAGAGCUCUGAUAAAUAAGCACCCGGAAAGUGGAGAGGUAGGAAGGUAGUGCCAGUGGCUUUCCGGCGAGGUUCAACCACAAACAGCUGAGUUGGCUCAGUGCUGAGGAGCUCAGUGAAAGGAUCUCCUUUUGACCUCCGAUCGAGGGUCUGCACUCGCUCUGCCAAUUAGGAAUCUAGCCACACCGGGCAGCCAUGGAAUACCUUUGCAUACUAAACGCCUUCGAGCAGAACUACUACAACCGCAUCAAGGAAAUCGAGCGCCUGGCGGCAGCAGCAUCCGCCUCCUCCUCGUCUGCCUCCUCCACCGUUUCUACCUCGGCCGCAUCCUGCUCCAGUGGUCCGUCCACAUCGUCAGCCACCUCGUCCACGGCCAGUUCGCCCACCUCCACGGCGAGGGAAAUGGCCCAGGCGGCAGCUGCCCUGGCGGCCACUCAGAGGCUAGCCGCUUACCAGGGACACGGACAGCCGCCGCCGAGCAUGUUCUUCCACGAGCAGCAGCUGCAGCCUGCCUUUCCGCUCCACUCAGUGUCCCUUCACCAGCCACAGCAUCUGCAGCCGACCGCCGAUCCCAACUCCUCCAACAGCCUGCUCUGGCAGCCCUGGCGCGAUCUCCAGCAGGCGGCUGCAAUGCAUCACCAGCUCUACAGGCAGCAGCAACAGCAGCAGUCGCACAAAGAGAUGCGCGUUACGUCCAAGGAGCUGCCAACCACCAAGUGGCGUCGAGAGCGUCGCCAGCGGGCUGCCGAGUACCAGGUCCACGAUGGCGGCAGUGGCGAUCGGGAUCGGGAACGGGAAAGAGAGAGGGAUCGCGACAUGGACAGCCCCAUUGACAUGUCUGUGACGUCGGGAUCUCUGAAGAUCCACCAGCAGCAGCUACGAGCUUCGCCCCCGCCGCCGUACCGCGAGCCCCUGCCGGGCACCCUAUACACGGCAAAUAGCCGGCCCAGCGUCAUCACCCAAGCGCCCCCCAAGCGGGAGCCACUGGAAGCAGCUCACUCCUCUGACGUGGCGAUAUGCGAUAUUGAUGAGCACUUCCGGCGCUCGCUGGGCGAGAACUACGCCGCGCUCUUUUCCAAGAAGUCGCCGACGCCUACGCCCACACCCACGCCGUCUCCCAGUGGCAGUUCCAAACAGCAGGUUUCGCCCCUAGGGUACGGAACCGUAUUGAUGGCCAGCCCAACAUCAACAGUAGUAGCAGCGGCAACUACCUCGCAUCCCUUCCACCAGCUAGGCCCCACGCUGCCCAAGGCGGUUCUGCCUAUGAUGAACUCGCCGCCCUUGCAGCGCUCAGCCACGGAGUCGCCGCAGACGGAGCUACCGCCUCCACAAGAGGAGCCACUACCGCUCUCAUUGACCUUGAAUCGCUCCCAAACACCACCGUCGCCCCCACCAUCAGCAACGGGAAUUGGAGUUGGAAUGGGACUUCUAGGACCCGGAACUGCAGCCGCAACAUCCUCCGGUCAGGUAGUGGAAACAGUUGUGGGCUUAAAGCGUAUCCUGGACACUCCGCAUCACACGCCACCGAGAUACAGUACUCCGCCGCCGCCAGCAUACGGGGCUCACAACGGGACAGGUGGUUCUGUUGUGACGCCAACUCCAAUUCCGACCCCCACUCCCACACCAACGCCGAACCAGACCGCCACCCCCAGCGUCACGCCCACCAUGCCGGCGAUCAUUCGUGUGAAGGCUGAAACGGGACUAGCAGCGGCCGCCGCUUCCUCGGCCCAGACGCCACCUGCCUCGCCCACCUCGUCCUCGAACAUCUCGAUAUUCACCAAGACUGAAGCCUCGGUUGACGACCACUUCGCCAAGGCGCUGGGUGACACCUGGAAGAAGCUGCAGAGCGGGCACAAAGAGUAAUAUCACCGGUAGCAGGAAACCCAUCCCACACUGAUCCAGAUCCUCAUCCUGAUCCCGUGCCCCGUGGAGGUGCUGAUCACGAUUCAACUCAAGAGCUGUUCUUAUUAUAAAUAUUUCAAACUAUACAAUUAACGUUUAAAGAUCUCAUGCUGAUGUGAACGGAAGUUCUUUAACUGCGAGUGUAUUACAAGUUUCAUAUAUAAUGAUUUUACUGAUUAUUAACGGAUGAUACGGAUAUAUGAUAUAUGGAUAUAUGUUUAUGGCAAAGUGUAUACGUACAAGUGACAUUUUUAUAUUCUUAAUUACUAGUUUGUAGAGAUUAAUCCUUAAAAACAUACCUAUUAAAAAUAAGGGAAAAAUUUUAAAA